CGUCGCUGCAAGCAACGCCUUCCCGGCGGCGCGGCCGGCUCCGGGCGGACCGUGCUCCCCGCGCGCCGUGGGGCUCUCCGCAGCGAGCGGCCGGCGGCCCCGGAGCCGGACAGGGGCGCCUCGCGGGACCCGGCUCGCGGGACCCCGGGCGGGCGCGCCAUGGAGGACGCGGGCGCGGCGGGUGCGGGGGCCGAGGCCGAGGCCGGGCCGGGCCCCGGGACGUCCGAGGCGUUCUCCCGACUCUGGACGGAGGUGAUGGGCAUCCUGGACGGCUCACUGGGGAGCAUCGACGACCUGGCUGAGCAGUAUGCGGACUACUGCAGCACCUGCUUCUCGGACGUGUGCGAGCAGGUGCAGGAGCUGCGGGUGCAGGAGCUGCGGCAGCGUGCGUCCUGGGAUCUGGACGCUGAGAAACCCGAUGCCGUCCCCACGUCACUUCAGCUGCAGUCUCAGAUUGAAGAGCCGCUGGGCUUCUGCAGCGCCCCGGCCACCCCGGAGGUGGGGACCAGGAAUCCUCUUCAUAAAUCAAACUCAGAAGACGGCUCUGUAGGAAAAGGAGAUUGGAAAAAGAAAAAUAAGUAUUUCUGGCAGAACUUCCGGAAGAACCAGAAAGGAAUAAUGAGACAGACGUCAAAAGGUGAAGAUGUCGGUUAUGUUGCAAAUGAGAUAACGAUGAGUGAUGAGGAGCGGAUCCAGCUGAUGAUGAUGGUCAAGGAGAAGAUGAUAACUGUUGAAGAAGCGCUUGCAAGGCUCAAGGAGUACGAGGCCCAGCACCGGCAGCCUGCCCUAGAGCCAGCCGACUGGUCCGAUGGCCCCUACCCGGCGUGCGGCGGCUCGUCCACCUGCAACUCAAGAGAGCAGUCGGAUGACGACACAGAGGAGUUGGUGAAGUUCAAGAGGCUCCACAAGCUGGUGAACUCGACCCGCAGGGUCAGAAAGAAGCUCAUCAGGGUGGAAGAGAUGAGGAAACCUGGCACGGAGGGUGGGGAGGAGCACAUGUCCGAGAGCCCCCCAGCUCCAGGAAGACCCUCACUGUGCUCUGGGGCACACAGGAAGCCGUCCUCCUUCGAGGGCUGCCCCGAGAAGCCUGCAGGGGGGGACGUGGAUGCCCUCGGACCCUCCCCGUCGUCCAGCAGCCUGGACACCUGGGGAGCUGGUCGGAAGCUGGCCAAAACCUUCAGCAAAGGGGACGGCCGGGGCCUGGUCAAGCCUCCCAAGAAGAUGGGGACGUUCUUCUCCUGCCCAGAAGAAGAGAAGGCACAGAAGGUCUCGCGCUCGCUGACUGAGGGCGAGAUAAGGAAGGGCCUCGGGUCCCUGAGCCACGGGAGAACCUGCAGCUUUGGAGGAUUCGAUUUGACAAACCGUUCUCUGCACAUCAGCAGUAAUAAUUCUGCCCCAGGGGGUAAAGAAGGAGAUUUUUUGUAUAAAGAAGUAAUCAAAUCACCCACUGCCUCCCGCAUCUCUCUUGGAAAAAAGGUGAAAUCAGUGAAAGAGACAAUGAGGAAGAGAAUGUCAAAAAAAUACAGCAGCCCGGGGUCUGCACAGGACCCCAGCCUCAAUGGAAUGCCUGGCUCCCCUCCCUCAUCCUGGCCUGAUGCUGCCCACCCGGACAAGCCCAAGCUCAAGGCCGGGGGCUCUGUGGAGAGUCUGCGGAGCUCCCUGAGUGGGCAGAGUUCGAUGAGUGGUCAAACAGUGAGUACCACGGAUUCCUCCACCAGCAACAGGGAAAGUGUCAAGUCGGAAGACGGUGAUGACGAGGAGCCCCCCUACCGGGGCCCCUUCUGCGGCCGGGCCCGGGUGCACACGGACUUCACGCCCAGCCCCUACGACACAGACUCGCUCAAGCUCAAGAAGGGAGAUGUCAUCGACAUCAUCAGCAAACCGCCCAUGGGCACCUGGAUGGGCCUGUUGAACAACAAGGUCGGCACGUUCAAGUUCAUCUACGUGGACGUGCUGAGUGAGGAGGGGGAGAAGCCCAAGCGCCCCGCCAGGAGGGGGAGGAGAGGAAGGCCGCCCCAGCCCAAGUCCGUGGAGGACCUCCUCGACCGGAUCAACCUGAGGGAGCACGUGCCCACGUUCCUGCUGAACGGCUAUGAGGAUGUGGACACGUUCAAGCUCCUGGAGGAGGAGGACCUGGAUGAGCUGAACAUCCGGGACCCGGAACACAGGGCCGUGCUCCUGACAGCGGUGGAGCUGCUCCAGGAGUACGACAGUAACAGUGACCAGUCGGGAUCACAGGAGAAGCUGCUCGUGGAUGGCCAGGGCCUGAGCGGGUGCUCGCCGCGAGACUCGGGCUGCUACGAGAGCAGUGAGAACCUGGACAACGGCAGAGCGCGGAAAGCCGGCCCCCUGCCGACCAAGACGUCGCGGGGACCCAGCUUCCAGCCUCCGAAGACGCUGCCUCUGGUGACAUCAGGGGGUGCCCCGAGGUGGAGUGAGCAGGGGGUCCUGCUGGGCAGUGGCCUCGCCCCACACAGUGCCGAGAGCGAGGAGCAGCCGGGGGCGCCCAGCCUGAAACCACACCGGAGAAGCCUUCCCGCUUCCAUCUGCCGGAGCUGCGAGGCCCUGGGGGGCCCCCCUGUGCGGACGUGGCCCCGCUGCCACUCCCUGGACGACCUGCAAGGAGAGCCUGCUGCCGAUGGUGACGUGCCCCAUGAGCCGACAGAGCCCACCCCCCAGAGCACACUGGAAGUGCCCCACGAGACAGCCACCCCCGGCGCGAAGGUGCAGCCCACUGCUGCAGACAGUGCUUUGCUGGUGACCCAAAGCAAGAGGUUCUUGGACCCUCAGAGAACCAUGACGGAAAUGCCAGACGGUUCAGUCCCAGUCCCUGCCUGUGGCUCAUCCCCUCAGUGUUUGCCCAAAAGCAAGGCGGCCCACCCUCCUGUGGCUCAGCACACACCAAGGACGCCUCUCGGAGGUCCCAGGAAAGGGCACACUUUUGAAGGACCAGACCAUCCGCCAGGCACCAAAGAAGGAGCAGACGCUGAGCAGAGGGUCCCGGAGGUGAGGACCCAGCCUCCACCUGUGCCUGCCAAGAGGAGCAGGGAGCGCCUUGCCAGCGGGCCCCUCCCUGCCCCCUGUGGCCCCAGCGGGGCCCCCCCCAGUCCCAGUGCCCCGUGCCUGCCAGCCAAGGCGCCCUGGCCACCCUCCCCGAGCACCAGACCUCCCCCCUGGCUCUCGGAGCUCCCAGGCAGCAUCAGCUUGCACGAGCAUGGCCUGAAGCUGGGCCCAGCCUUGGCCAGGAAGGUUUCCUGCCCUCGAGGAGUCGAUCUGGAGAUGCUGACGGAGAACAAGUUACAGGCCGAGGGGAUCGACCUCACUGAGGAGCCGUAUUCUGACAAGCACGGCCGCUGCGGGAUUCCUCAGGCCCUCGUCCAGCGGUACGCGGAAGACCUGGGCCAGCCCGAGAGGGACGUGGCCUCCCACAUGGACCAGAUCCGCGUGAAGCUGCUACGGAAGCAGCACCGCAUGGCGAUCCCGAGUGGCGCACUCACAGAAAUCUGUCGGAAGGCCCUCUCCCCGGGCUGCGUCUCGUCUGUGUCCGACUGGCUGGUGUCCAUCGGGCUGCCCAUGUACAGCAGUGCCCUCGCCGCCGCAGGGGUCAGCGCGCUGAGCCAAGUGCCUUCCCUGACCCAGUCAUGCCUUCAGCAGGCCGGCGUCGCAGAGGAGAGACACAGAAGCAAGCUCGUGGCCGCAGCCAGGCUCCUGGGACGGCCACCGGGCCCAGGGGCCCCCCCUGUGCUCUGAGGCUGGCGAAUGUCUCCCUCUCUGCACAGGCAGAGCAGACCCAGGCCACGCCGGCCAGGCGCCUUGCAGAACUCCCCUCCUCCGGAACAGCCCCCUCGGGGAAUUUGGUGCGGUUCUCUUUAACCCCCAAAGAAAAGUCAAGUACUUAGUUUUAUUUUCAGAAUGCAGAAGAACCAGGUGCCAACCUGCAGCAGGGCUGCUGGGGAGGGCUGGGGCAGGGAAGGCCGCCUGCCGUCUCUGCCCUCCGUCCUGGGUUCCCUGCAGGAUGCCCCAGGGCCGACAGGCUCGGAGAGGCCUGUGUAGCUCUUUGCACACAGCAUCGACCAUCCUCGCUCAUUCAGAAGUAGGAAAAUCGGGCAGCACCAGAAAAAAGGUUCUGUUCCCCUUUGGUUGAACAAGAGACCUUUUAAUAAUUGCUUUCUAGCAAUCAGCUUUUAUUUGCCUUAACAUGAGCUUUUAAGCAUCUUUCUAGUGUUCACAUCCUUGUAACUGUAAUUCCAAAUCUUCAGCUUAGGCUGUCAUCUAAUACAUCUGGGAUGUUUUCAGUAAAAAUACGCUUUUCUAAUGGUCUCAUUUUAACGUAGCUUACAUUGUAGGGGUGUUUAUCCGUCAGAAUUUCAUGUUGGCUUUCAGUUUUUAAAAUAACUGUAAAUCCAGUAAAAACCUGUGUGGAAAUCACAAAGGUGUAUGAUGUGUGGUAACUGCCUUUCGUUUUAACCAGUGUAUUCUGUUACCAUGUUGGCCAUUGUGCUGCAGCCUUUACUUGGGAUUCUGAACUUGUCAUUCCAAAAUUCAUCAGCUAACAGGUCACUGUUGCUAAAACUCAUUGUAAGAUUGAAUGUUCCAGAAAGGUGUUUUUAAAAAGGAAAUGGUUUAUGGUUUUUAAGUUUUGUGAUUAAAUACCAUUGGCUUGCAGUCGCAGGCACUAAAGGCUGGCUUCCCCCCAGAUUGGUGUCUUCUGGCUCUGGUGAUCUUUGGGGCUCUGUGGGUUUUCCGUCCCAUGGCAGUGUACCCAGUGGCAACCCCUUUCUCUGCUGGGUUCCAUGACAUCCAGCUUUGGCUGUUCCCCACGGCUUCUCUCUGUCCAGUUUCUGUUGGGUAUGAAAGCAGUCAGCCCCACUGGACGGAGCCCCCUCGUUCCACUCCCCUCACCUUAGCUAGUGACAUCUUCAAAAGUCCUGUUUUCAGGAGUACACACCCUCAUGUCUCAACCCCGAAUAUCCUCCUUUUCCCUUUUAGAGAAUCUGUUUAAUUAAAACAGUGGUUCAUUAUGGAACUAGACAAACCCCUUUAGCUGUGUAUUAAGUAUUUGCAUAUUUCUAAAUAGUUUUCCAACUGAUUUAAGUAUAUUGUAUCCUCUUUUAGUCUAGUAUCUGAUUUUCUAGCAAACAGCAAAUUUAGGGAACUAUAAACUUUUAAGGUUUCCAUUGCAUACAAAAUGAUUUUCCUUUACAUUCUUAUUGUGAACUCUCAUUUAGGCAUCAAAUGUGAUCAUUUACGAUAGAAACAUUUUGAACAUAAGGCCUUUAUCAAAAGUUCUGUAAUAUUUAAUCCACUCAUUAAAAGAAGUUAUUUCCCUCAGGAAAGAGAAAGAGAAAUGAUUAAUUACAAAGCCAUCUCUAGCAUUUGCUUUAUAUCCUGUAUCCAUGUUUCUGAGGAAAAUGAUGUUCUCAGGUGACAUUUUUUUUCAUGCUGUUACUCAUUUUUUAAUUAAUGUGUUUCUUCUGUAAUAUUUACCUUACAUAAGAUACCAUGUGAAAUGUGUGGAAAUGUAGAGUAAGCUAAAGCUGCCAAAUUUCUAUUGAACUCGUAAAGCCAGCUCAUUGUGCUCUCCAGUUUCAGCUCCUGUGAACACGGCCCGUUUGGGUUGUGGCUCGGCUGCGGCUUCUCCUGCAGCUGUACCCCGGUAUCGGCUGCGGACAGCUCCUUCUCCUGCUUUUGCAGUUGCCCCGCAUGACAUCCCGAGAGCAAAACUCAUGUUAGGGUAACACAGGAAAAGGAGAAGUAGUGAAUUUCCAAGCAGCACCCAAAGAGGGAACGUUCUGGAUUUGAGUAUUUGAAUGCCAAACCAUGUAUUUGUCAUCCUUCUCUGGGAAUCAUUCCCUUCACAUAGAAAAUCUAAUUCAGAGACUAUGAAUGAUUUUCGCUUGGAAGGGGUUUGAGUUUUUAUUUUGUUGUAUUGUUUUUAGUAUUUGUAAACAUCUUUAGUGUUUGCUGGUUCUUCUUUUGCUUUAAACUGUUUGGCCAUAGAAAAGCCUGCGUGCUUGUGUGUGGCAUUUGUUGAGGUGGUUCGGGAUCCGUGGACAUCAGUGGAGGGGUGAUAUCCAGUUCUACCCAGUAGUGUUUGGUACAGAAUUCAGAGUCUCAGUGAAAGUUGUUCUUUGGAAAGCACAAAAGAAACCUAGAAAGGCAGUUUGGCUCAGGUAGCGACACAUCCAUUGUGUAUAAAUUUUACUUCAAAAACUGUCUGGUAGGAAAUGCAUCCUGCCCCAGUGCAGUCUGUGUUUCCAAAUAACCAAGUGGCAGAUACCUCCCCACGGCCUGGCCUUUGUCAGAGGCCCUUUUCUCUGUCCUGAACCCGGGUGUGGGUGAAAUUGGAAACUAGUCCGUUGGAAAUCAGUUCCUGAUGUAGCAAAGUUGGCUUUCACAGCUGCAGCAAAAGAGGUCACUUCACCAAGUCAUGCUGCAUGCACGUACUGUGUAAUUUUUAGGAAAAAAAGUUUAGUAGUCUGAGUCCAAGUUAUUUUGAUUUUAAAUUGAUAUAGAAAAGACAAAACUGUCAAGCAAGUUAUAUAACAACUAACAACAUUGCACUUUCUGUAUAUUAAAUCAAUAUUUAAAUAACUUAUUUUUUCCAUUGCUGUUCUUAAACAUUGUAAGUAGCUGUAAUAUACCAGUACCAAUAUGUUCUUGCAACUGCUUCAGCCCAAGAAAGCUGUGUAUUGUUUUAAAAAUUGUAAAAAUGAUUGUGAUGAUUCAUUUAGCAAAAAGAAAGGUGGAUAGAAGGGUUUUCUUAUAUAUCAAAACUUGUCUAUAUGUCAUCAGUGUACCUAUAAAAAUAAUAAAUUCUUCAACUGAA